UCCUGCAAAUAAUAGCUGUCCAGUUACCCAAGUGAAGCCGACGCAUUACUCACUCACUCAUCCUCUCCUCCCCUUAACUCUCUCUCUCUCUCUCUCUCUCUCUCUCUCUCUCUCUCUCUCUCUCUCUCUCUCUCUCUCUCUCUCCCCUGAGUCUCAGCAACAAUGGCGGCAAGCAGCACAUUCUUUCUCUUUCUUGUAGUUUCUGUUCUUGUCGUCUCUGCUUCAGCUGGUACCCAAAUCAAAGUUACUAACAACCCGGCAGAUAAACUAGUCGAUAUAAUUAACAGCAACAGAACUGCACACAAAGCAUCAUCCCUCUACAGCAACCAGGGUUUGGCGUGCAUUGCCCUGCAGUACAUAAAGGCAUAUGAGGGUGACUGCGAUGCUGUAGGAGGAACUGACGCCAAGAAGCCUGCUGAUUCUGCAUUUGCCGAAACAUUUGCUCCCAACUGUGGCGUUCAACCCGCAACCCUCACUCCAAUCACCGGUCGUUUAAUUGGCUGCCAGUCCAAAUAUGUCCACGCUGAUGAAGCAUUUUCAACAAUCUUGAUUGAAAACAGCAAGGGCUUGGACAUUCUAUACAAUAAGAAUCACACUGAAGUGGGAGCUGCUGCGAGUGGCAGUGAUGGCGGAGCUCCAUAUUUCUGGUGUGUGCUGUUUAGUGGUGGAAAAACUAACAGCAGCUUCGUAACGGAGGGAGGUGAGGCUAAAAUAACAAGGCCCGGAUGCUUUAGUGGUGCUAAUGAUGACUGCAGCGAAUCAAAUCACCCGGCCAGUGGUGCCGAUGAUUGGUCUAGAAGCAGUCAUCUGUGGCCAUUUUUUGCCACGGCUCUGAUUGCAAUGUGGUAUGCCUUUGGAUUGUGAUCAUGUUUUUAAGAUACUGGAUUUGUUUUCCAAUUAUUUCUGGGAACCCUUUUGGUCUGUUGUAAUUUGGGUUUUCUUUCUGGCAUUCUUGUCUGUAGAGUUGAACGGCGCGAUCAAUGCCAUUCAUUUUCUUCAGUUGUAAAAUAGUACAUUAUUGGCUAAUGGCUGCCAAGAAGCAUUUAUUCUAUAUUACAGAUGAAUGAUGAUUGAUGAACGAUC